AUGGCGCCAGCUUUGGCUAGCGGCGGCAAAGACAGGAUAUGCAGCCUGCUACCAGGGAUCAAUGGACAAGGCGAUGCACUGCGAUCUGCAGUCGACAAGGUUGGAGCAUGCGGUCUGGCAUGUGCAUCACAGGGCAGCGGCUUGCAGCGCAGCACGGCCGUGCACGCACGACAGAGCGGAGUGGGCGAGACAUGUCUACGCAGCAGCCACACAAGGUUUGGAGGAGGCGGCAAGGGUAGAUUCGUGGAUGGCAAGAGAUGCAGGAUGGGUGGCGCUGAUGGUCAGGGUCGCGUCGAGGACCCGCUACUCGACACAUCCAUUCGCCAUCUCGGUCUACUCGGCUCGGCGGCUUGCUCAAUUCGGUGUCGACCUCGAGCUGGAAAGUAUCUCAACCCUUCGCUCAAUACGGCGGCACCGCGAGCUCGAUCCGUCGUCCGCGGUAUCUUUCGGAAAAACGUUCCUCCCGAGUACCUUAGAUCGGUGAUCUUGAAAGAAGGCGAUCCAAAUCGGCGAUGGAGAGGUGGAGGCGAACGGGUCCAAAAGCUUCGGAACAUCAUCGUGACUUCGGAUGCAGUGCUCGUCUUCGCGUCACCUCAUCACAGACGAAGUUUCGACGUGCAUCGCAGGCCCGUCGAGAUGGCACCCACAUCGAUACCGCCAUCAAAAAGGCAGCGGGUGGAGCACGAGGAUCCCGCACCGCCUCUUCCGCCUCUUCCGCCUCUUCCGCCUCUUCCGCCUCUUCCGCCUCUUCCGCCUCCACCAGCUGAGGAAGACGAGGAACACUCGAAUGGACUUCCUGCGCCCCCCGGCUCACCGCCACCACCGCCGCCGCCAGAGCCAUCUCUAGAUGUGGCCGAGAACGCCGACAUCGUGCCGCCACCACCGCCAUCCCUACCUCCGCCUCCGCCUCCUCCCGCUGCCGGCGAAGAGGACGAAGACGCCGAAGACGAUCUCGACAUUCAGGAUGCCGAGUACUGGACACGUCUUGCGCAGCCGUCUUCUUCCUCUGGCCCGUCCGGCACGGCGGCAUCCUCUUCAAAAGGGCCAGCUACAACAGCAGGCGGAGUGACGCCAGCCAAGAAUAGCAAGUCGGCGCUCUACCUCGACACGAUCAACCGCGCGGUGCUCGACUUUGACUUUGAGAAGCUCUGCUCAGUGUCGCUGAGCAAUAUCAACGUGUAUGCAUGCCUGGUGUGCGGCAAGUACUUCCAAGGGCGCGGGCGCAACUCGUUUGCGUAUCUGCACAGCAUCGACACGUCGCACCACGUCUUCAUGAACCUCGCGACCUCGCAGACGUACAUUCUGCCGGACAACUAUGCGGUGCCGGAGGAGAGCCAGGCUGCGCUGCAGGACAUCAACUACCUGCUCAACCCGACGUUCGACACAAAGACGCUUGCGACGCUGGAUGAAAAGGAGGCGUACGACCUGAGCGGCACGGCGUACUCGCCCGGCUUUGUGGGUCUCAACAAUGUGGGCAAGAACGACUACGUGAAUGUGGUGGUGCAGGCGCUCGUGCAUGUGCGUCCGCUCCGAGACUUCUUCCUCCAGCAGCACGAGGCGCAGGCAGGCACGAGCGAGCUCGUGGCAAGGUUCGGGGCGCUCGUGCGCAAGAUCUGGAAUCCGCGCGCGUUCAAGCCGCAGGUGUCGCCGCACGAGUUCCUGCAGCAGGUGGCCCAGGUCUCGCACAACCGCUUCAAGAUCACCGAGCAGGCGGACCCGGUGGAGUUUCUCGGAUGGCUGCUCAACCGACUCCAUGCCGACCUCGCCUCGCCAGGUGGCAAGGGCGCGAAGCGCAAGCGCACGGCGGUGGGUGUCGAGACGAUCAUCAGCCGGUGCUUCCAGGGUGUGGUGCAGGUCGAAUCGCAGCCGCUGGAGAAGGUGGAAAAGCACGAAGAUAACGCUGCUGUGGCUGCGCAGGCGGCAAGUCUCGCCAAUGGGGCUGGUCCCACGGGAGGACAGGUGGACAGUAAUGGACGUGCAUGCUUUGAUCCUGCUGGCAAGGUCGAGCGCAAGGACUCGCCGUUCUUUCUGCUGUCCAUGGAUCUUCCUACGCCUCCACCAGUGCUGGGCACGGACGGGGACGACGAGAGCGCAUCGCUCGUGCCGCAGGUCACGAUUGGACAGCUGCUGGCCAAGUACGACGGUACGAGUCUGCACGCCUCGCACGCACGGCUUUCCAAGUACCAGCUGCGUCGCUUGCCGCCCUUCCUCGUGCUCCACUUCCGACGCUUCACCAAGAACAGCCUUGGCCAGACAGAGCGCAAUCCGACGCUGGUCAAUUUCCCUACCACCAACCUCGACGUGUCGCGCUAUGCUCCGCUGCUCCCUGCGGCCGACGCGAUGGAUACAGACUCCCCCGUCGCCCAUGCAUACGACCUCGUGGCCAAUGUCGUCUACGACGCAACCCCAGGCACCGUCAACGAAAACGCCGCAUGGAAAUCCCACGUCCACACAUCCCCCGCCAACCGCAAGCAAAAUGCACCAAAGUGGUUCGCGAUUCACGACCUCAUCGUCGACCCUAUCGAUCCGCACAUGAUCUUCCUCGCCGAAUCCCACCUGCAAAUCUGGCAGAAGCGCUCAUCGAACCCGCCUUAG